AUGGUUUCAGAGAUCUUGCUGGUGGUACUGUUUCCUUCCCAGUUAAGCACAGCUCAAAUUGUGAAAUGCAGAGUCUAUAAUCCACACCAUCCACCGCACACCUAUCAUCAACCAGGAGACCUCAUCAUUGGUGGCAUCAUUUCUCAUGGUGGCUUCAUCUCCAGUCCAAUCGACUUCACUGAAGACCCCCCUCCAGCCUUGCUAGAAGAUUUUAUUGUUGUGUCUAAGGCUUACCAGCACAUCCUGGCCCUGGAAUUUGCAGUGAAGGAAAUCAAUGAGAACUCACAGAUCUUACCCAAUCUCACCUUGGGCUUCUACAUCUAUGACAGCUAUGACAAUGCAAGGAAGACCUAUCAUGCCACAAUGCUACUUAUAUCAACACUUGAGAGAUUGAUCCCCAACUACAUAUGUAACAUCCAACAUAGCCUCAUAGCUGUAAUAGGGGGACUGGACUCCCAAGUUUCCAUUCAUGUGGCAACUAUCUUGGAUAUCUAUAAGAUUCCACAGCUCAUAUAUGGCACCUCUCCAAUAAUGAACCAUAAAACUCCAGGACUUCCAUUCUACCAGAUGGCCCCUCAGGAAGCCCUUCAAUACAAGGGGAUUCUCUCUUUACUUCUGCAUUUUAGGUGGAUGUGGAUCGGGGUGCUUAUAAUGAAUGAUGACAAUGGAGAAAGAUUUGUGCAAAGUGUGUUUUCUGAGUUUUCCCGGAAUGGCGUCUGUUUUGCCUUCAUAGAAAGAAUCCCCAAAUACAGUUUUGAUGAUAAAUUUCAAGAGAUGCUACAGCAGGGUAUAAAAAUAUAUGAUCAAGUCAUGGGUAGCAAUGCGAUUGCACUGGUAGUGUAUGGAGACUCUUAUUCCAUUGUGUUUGUGAGAUGGUUUCCAUAUCUAUCAGGACUAGAGGAAGUGGUAAAUAAACCAAAAGGCAAAGUGUUGAUAAUCACAGCCCAGAUGGAGCUUGUUUCAUUUUUGUAUCAAAGGGAUUGGGACACAGAACUAUUCCAUGGUGCUCUUGCUUUCACACUUCACUCCAAUGACCCGCCAGGAUUCAAAUCUUUUCUUGAGAACACAAACCCUUUCAGCACAAAAGGAGAUGGUUUUAUCAAGGACUUCUGGAAACAAACAUUUGGCUGUGUGUUCCCAAAUACAGUUCUGGGCAAUGUGGAGAACGGGGAUAUUUGCACUGGAGAGGAGAAGUUGGAAAAUCUCCCAGCACCAUUUUUUGAAAUGAGCAUGACGGGACACAGCUACAGCAUCUACAAUGCCGUCUAUGCCUUGGGCUAUGCAUUAGAUGCCCUGUUCUCAUCUAGACGCAAAAACACAGCGAUGGUACACGGAGGGAGAUUGAAGCUUCAGAAUCAACCAUUGUGGUUUGAGGCACAACCUUUUUCUGUAUGUAGUGAGAGUUGUCAUCCAGGUUCUAGCAAAAAAGUGAAAGAGGGAGAGCCAUUUUGCUGCUAUGAUUGCAUCCAAUGUCCAGAUGGGAAGUUUUCAGACCAAGAGGAUGUGGAUGAUUGCAAGAAAUGCUCGGACGAAGACUAUCCAAGCAACACUCGGGAUUUCUGUAUUCCCAAGGACAUAAGCUUCUUGUCUUAUCAAGAACAUUUGGGGAUGGGUUUAGCCGGUGCCACUCUUUUCUUUUGUAUCACCACUUUAUUGGUGUUGGGAACAUUUAUGAAGCACCACAACACUCCCAUUGUUAAAGCCAACAACCGGGAUCUUACCUAUAUUCUCCUCAUCUCCCUCCUGCUCUGUUUCCUUUGCACGUUGCUGUUUAUUGGCCGCCCUCACAAAGUGACAUGUCUACUCCGACAGACUGCUUUUGGCAUAAUUUUCUCAGUGGCUGUUUCUUGUGUGCUGGCAAAAACCAUUACAGUGGUUCUGGCUUUCAUGGCCACCAAACCAGGAUCCAAGAUGAGGAAAUGGUUGGGGAAAACACUGGCCAAUUCCAUUGUUCUUUUCUGCUCCCUUCUCCAAGUAGGCAUUUGUAUUGUAUGGUUGUCAACAUCUCCCCCAUACCCAGAUGUUGACAUGCACUCAGUGACUGGAGAAAUAGUAUUGGAGUGUAAUGAAGGAUGUGUGACUAUGUUUUACUCUGCCCUGGGCUAUAUGGGCUUCCUUUCAAUUCUGUGUUUCAUGGUAGCUUUCCUUGCCAGGAAGCUGCCGGAUAGUUUCAAUGAAGCCAAAUUUAUCACAUUCAGCAUGGUAGUAUUUUGUGGUGUUUGGUUAUCCUUUGUUCCAGGUUAUCUGAGCUCCAAGGGAAAAUACAUAGUUGCUGUGGAGAUCUUCUCUAUCUUAGCCUCCAGCUCUGGACUCCUCGGUUGCAUCUUUUCUCCCAAAUGUUUCAUUCUUGUUUUGAGACCAAAGCUGAACAACAGGAACCAACUAAUAAGAAGAAUUUAA